GUUGACAUGCGAACCGCGUUACGAAGGUCAACAAUUUUCCUAUAGGUGCUUAAGACUGUUCUAAAGACUCCAUAAUGCUAACAAAAGUAUUUGUAGGAUAGCCUACUGUAGGUUAUUUGUACAGUGGCACUUUAAAGUGAAAGCAAGUGGAAGGAAGCGCUGUCGCCAAUGUGUAGCCUACUACGGUAUAUUGCGGAAGAGAGGGUGUGAACGAUGGGACACAUUUCAGCGCACUGUAGAUCGCUAGGGACAAGGCGUGUUUAUGGAAUGAUGCGGGUGUGUUUCAGGUCGGCUUUAUAAAAGGGGUUGUCCGACAGAGAGUACUUGUUAGUUGUUGUAUUAUUAUUCUCUGUUUAAUGUAGUGAUUGAACGCUGUGACAGUAACCUUAUUUUCCACGGUUCCACCCGGGACAUCAAUCUAGUGCUCGCGGGCUCUCCAAAACAUUGGUCCAGGCAGACUUCCUAUUCCGCUCCAGUGAGACUCCAGUGCAAGUCCCCCCCGGCUGGCCCAGACCACGUUGAUGCUGUUGUGCCCACGUCGCCUCCCUCCUCCCCUUUUACUCCGGCGUUCCCCCCAUACCUUCUUCCAGUGAUGGCUAUGAGUACCGACCCGGGCUGCAGAAGGGACGACUCUGACCCUGACUCAAUGACCCCUGACCCCAGUAACCUCACCGCCAUGAUGGCCGCAGUCGCCAUGAAGACCACCGAGACAGACGUCUCACCGGCCAAUGGCGUGAGGAACGGGGCUCAGCAGGGCGGAGCUAAAAGGGGCCCUCCUUCGCGGGCGCACCUCUCAGGGAGGAAGCUGUCGCUACAGGAACGAGGGACGUACCCAUCAGAGGGGACUCACGUCUCCCCCCGUGUGGCACGCAGACCCACGGUGGAGUCCAAGCAGGUCUCCAUCUCAGAUGCAGAGGACUGUAUCCAGCUGAACCAGUACAAGCUGAAGAGUGAGAUCGGCAAGGGCUCCUACGGGGUUGUCAAACUGGUCUACAAUGACAAUGAUGACAAUCACUAUGCCAUGAAGGUGGUGUCCAAGAAGAAGCUGAUGAAGCAGUAUGGAUUUCCACGUCGCCCUCCUCCGAGAGGUCCCAAGGCUGCAGUCCAGGGGGAGCAGCCCAAAGUCCUAGGCCCCCUGGAGAGGGUGUACCAGGAGAUCGCUAUCCUCAAGAAGCUGGACCAUCUCAACAUAGUAAAACUGGUGGAGGUGUUGGAUGAUCCUGCAGAGGACAACCUUCACAUGGUGUUUGAUUUGAUGCCAAAAGGUCCAGUGAUGGAGGUCCCUACAGACAGCCCCUUCACUGAGGACCAGACACGACUCUACUUCAGAGACAUCGUCUUGGGCAUGGAGUACUUGCACUACCAGAAGAUAGUCCACCGGGACAUCAAGCCUUCUAACCUGCUGCUGGGUGAAGACAGUCAUGUGAAGAUUGCCGACUUUGGGGUCAGUAACCAGUUUGAGGGCAACGAUGCCUUGCUCUCCUCCACGGCUGGGACUCCUGCCUUCAUGGCUCCAGAGACCCUGUCAGACAUCCGCCAGAGCUUCAGUGGAAAGGCGUUGGACGUAUGGGCCAUGGGAGUAACUCUCUACUGCUUUGUGUUUGGGAAGUGUCCGUUCAUUGAUGAAUACAUCCUGGUUCUACACAAUAAGAUCAGGACUAAAUGUGUGGAGUUCCCAGAGUCGCCAGAGAUUAGUGAAGAGCUGAAGACUCUGAUCCAGAGAAUGUUGGACAAGAACCCAGACACCAGGAUCACCAUACCUGAGAUCAAGUUGGACCCGUGGGUGACCCAGGAUGGUUGUGACCCCUUACCUCUAGAGGAGGAACACUGUACCGUGGUGGAGGUCACCGAGGAGGAGGUGCAGAACUCUGUCAAGUUUGUCCCCAGCCUUUCUGCCGUGAUCCUGGUGAAGGCAAUGCUGAGGAAGAGGUCAUUCGGUAACCCCUUUGAGUGUCCCAGAAGUAGAGAGGAGAGGUCCAUGUCUGCACCUGGCAACCUGUUAAUGAAGGGCAGCAGUGGAGAGGGCAGUAGGGAGGGAGAGCUAGAAGACCUGGAUGAAGAUGAACCCUCUUCUCCAGUCAGCACAGCCCAGCUUAGCUCCACACAGGCGUCUGAGCCACCUCCUCCCCUUUAAGAACUAUAUGCCAUUCCCCUUUAAACCCCCAUCUGUACAUUGCCUCUCUCCCAUUAAAUAUAUAAUGCACUCCA